AUGGAAUCAGAACUAGCUAAAAGUGACCCUAGUAUAAAGGAUGUUCUAGAACUCCUGCGUGAAAUGCGCGAAGAAAACAAUCAGCGAAUAACAGAGUUGGAGAGGGACAUAGGUAAAUCAGUUGAAUCAGGACAUGAGAAAAUAGAGGAGCUAACAAAAGUGGUAAAGGAACAAUCGGAAGCUUUAAAAAACUUUGAUAAUAUGUAUAGUGUAGUGUGUCAAGAAAACUUAAAGUUAAAAGAAAAAGUGAAUACCCUAGAACAACGACUUGAAGAUAUGGAACAAUAUAGUCGGUUAAACUGUGUCGAAAUAAAUAACAUACCGGAAACUAAAGACGAAGAUGUGCUGGAAAUAGUUAAGAAAGUAGGAUCUAGUCUUGACUUCAUGAUUACAGACGAAAUGGUAGAUGCAUGCCAUAGAGUUGGACAAAAAUCAAACAAGCGCACCAGAGGAAUAAUAGUGAAAUUUACUAGAAGAAUGACUAAGGACGAAAUUCUGAAGAGACGUAGGAAGAAACAAGACCUGAGCACAAGGGACGUUGGAUAUAAUGACACACCGAAGGAAACUGUUUAUCUCAACGAAAACCUAACAUCGUACAGGCGGAAAGUGUUAAAUGCAGCAAAAGAUCUAAAGAAGGAAAUGGGCUUCAAAUAUCUUUGGGUUCGCAACGGAAAAAUCCUACUUCGUAAGAAAGACAAUGAAAAUGUUAUCGUUCUCACGACACUGGUACAAGUGACGGAAUUGGAGGACAAUAAGACAACCACAACCGAAGAUGACAUCCAGGAGACUGCAUAG